CGGGUAGAUGAAAAAAUAACUAAUGAAACACUGUCGCGGACACCGUGUUUUUAUGAUAGCCUGUCAAGUCAAAUCGAUUCUAUCAAAUCGUCUUGUAAAAUCAUCCGAAACGCUACGAUCGAUUUACACAGUUGUAGUAAUUUUACAUAAAAUUCCUUUCAUAUGCGUACGCUUCUUCCGAUCGUACAAAUUACUCCGAUACAGUAGAGAAAGAAUUCAAUGAAUUAAGAAAUUACACAAAAGUUCACAGAAUUCAUAACGAUAAAUAAGAGAGAUUAGUUUCUCCGAAAUGUCAGCGCCCGAGACAGCAGUAAUUUUCGCCAAGCUGGAAGCUUUGAAGGACAUUAGAUCGAAAACUCUUCAAUUGGAGAAAUUGAAACAGAGAAUAUUGCAAGAGGUGGAACAGACUGAGCAAGAGGAGAAAUGUUUAUUAGAAUAUAAACAAGAAAUGGAUUUGCUGAUGCAGGAGAAAAUGGCACAUGUAGAAGAGCUGCGUCAAAUACAUGCAGACAUUAAUGCAAUGGAGUCGGUAAUCAAGCAAGCAGAAGAAGCACGUAAUAGAGCAAGAGAAACUGCAAAACUGAUUCAUAAUAAUGAUUACCAGCCAUUGAAACAUGAUAUUGAUCGUAUGCGUAGAGAAUUUUUAGGUUUGGAGAGAUUACCAGAAUUAUAUGAGACUGAAUCAGAUCUUAUCUCUCCAGAACGGUUUGUUCAUAGCUACUUUGAACGGCCGAUGCAAAAGGCGGAAUGGAGAGUAGAAGUACGAAGUGACGAUUUAUUACCGCCGCUCGGAUUACACCAUCCUGGACAUCCAGGUGGUUCAACACCUUUUCUAGCUCCACAACCCCUUCAGGGUCCAAGCAAACCUGAACCUAGGCCGUUACCACCAGCUCCAGGGCCCCCAGCUCCAACAUUCAGGUACCACUGGCAACAACCACCACCUAUGAAGUCUUGCCUUUCAUGCCAUCAACAAAUUCACAGAAAUGCACCAAUUUGUCCACUAUGCAAAGCAAAAUCGCGUUCACGUAAUCCCAAAAAACCAAAGAAGAAAGAUUAAUUAUAAUUAGAUAUAUUAUUUAUAUUAAUAAUCCACAUAUAUAUUUCCUUACAAUCUGUCUCAAGAAGAUAUACAUAUUAAUCAUUUUUUGUAAUCCAUAGAAACUAUGCACUCUUAUCAUAUCGAUAGCAUUUAUAAGUGAUGACCACUUUCAUAAGAAUGUCUUUAUAUAUGUCAAUUUUUUAAUAACAGAC